AUGCCUUCACAAUUCAGCUUUGAGCGCGCAUGCGCGAUUGCUCUAGGCCUUGCAGCCUCUCUCGUCAAUGCUGCACCCUGCGACAUUUAUGCCGAGGGUGAUACUCCUUGUGUUGCCGCCCAUAGUACGACUCGCGCCUUAUAUGCUGCUUACUCUGGGUCUCUUUACCAAGUAAAGCGUGGAUCUGACAAUACCACCAUCAAUAUCGCACCACUUUCUGCUGGUGGUGUGGCAGAUGCCGACGCUCAAGACAGUUUCUGCUCUCUCACAACUUGCCUCAUCUCGAUCAUCUAUGAUCAGUCGGGCAAUGGAAACCAUCUUACUCAGGCACCACCCGGUGGCUUUGAUGGCCCAGACGAGGAUGGAUACGACAACCUGGCUAGUGCUGUCGGUGCCCCAGUCACACUGAAUGGCCAGAAGGCGUACGGUGUUUUCAUGUCACCGGGUUGUGGAUACCGUAACGACGAUGCCGUCGGCACGGCUACAGGCGAUGAGUCGGAAGGCAUGUAUGCAGUUCUUGACGGAACCCACUACAAUGAUGCAUGCUGCUUCGAUUACGGCAACGCUGAAACCAGUAACACUGAUACAGGUGCUGGCCACAUGGAGGCUGUCUACUUGGGCACUUCAACUUCCUGGGGCUAUGGUGAGGGUAGUGGACCUUGGCUUAUGGCCGAUAUGGAGAACAACCUGUUCUCUGGUUACGACAGUGGUGAGAAUGCGGCGGAUCCCUCAAUUACCUACCGAUUCUUCACUGGUAUUGUGAAGGGAGAGGCUGAUAAAUGGGCACUACGCGGUGGUAAUGCCGCGUCUGGAUCUUUGACGACAUACUACAGUGGUGUGCGUCCAUCUGGAUACACUACUAUGUCAAAGGAGGGUGCUAUUAUCCUCGGUAUUGGUGGUGAUAACAGCAACGGUGCUCAAGGAACAUUCUACGAGGGAGUCAUGACAUCCGGUUACCCCUCCACUGACACCGAAAACUCUGUCCAAGCCAAUAUUGUUGCCGCUAAAUACGCUGUCACAUCUCUGACUAGCGGGCCGACCCUCACUGCCGGUGACGUGGUCUCGCUCCAGGUCACCACUCCAGGCUACACAACUCGCUGGAUUGCCCACACUGGCACUGUUGUCAACACUCAAGUUGUGACAUCUUCCAGCAGCACUACUCUCAAGGAGGAGGCUAGCUGGACAGUUGUCGAGGGUCUUGGAUACUCCGGUUGCUUCUCAUUUGAGUCUGUUGACACCCCCGGCAGUUAUAUUCGUCACGACAACUUUGUGUUGCUGCUGAAUGAGGAUGAUGGCACAACACUUUUCGCCCAAGACGCCACUUUCUGCCCUGAGACUGCCCUGAAUGGUGAUACUUCUGACAGCACACUUCGAUCUUGGAGCUACCCUACCCGCUUUUUCCGCCACUACGACGAUGUCCUCUACGCUGGUAGCAAUGGUGGCCUACAGGUCUUUGACGCCACUGCCUCAUUUAAUGAUGAUGUUAGCUUCUACAUUACCACUGCCUUUGCCACUUAA